AUGUCGCAGAGCUUCACGCGUUCUACUGAUGCAUUGGAACAGCUUGCGUCCGUAGCUGUAAGCUACGAGGCACUCCGAAUGAGCACGCCUCGCGGAGAGGGGUCAAGCACCCCCCGGGUCGCAGACAGUGAAGAACUGAGACUCGCCAAGGCUGCGCUGCGUCCAUUCAUGCUUCCUGGCGUCGGUCGCGUCAUGGUGUUCUCAAACACGGCUGUUUUCGACUCCAGCCCGGAUGAUCUGCAGUCCAACAGAGCCAACGCCAUCAAAUCAGAACGUGCAUCGAGUUCUUCUUCAGUCAUCGACACGCGACGCAGCUCAGCUCCCCCUCCGUCGCCGCCGCAAACUCCAGCACGCCACCCGUCACCCCCCUCGCCGUCCGCACCUCCCGCCAAACGAACCCGACGCCAAACGAAUUUUGCGGCAAACCCUGCGUCUACACCUCCUGCUCCCACGCCGUCGACCUCAAGCACCCCUCUGCUAGGUCUGUACGAUUACCCCGGUCCAUGCGCUCGCGUCGCCCCUCCCCUUCCAGUCCCGAACCUCACCAAGCAGAGCCGCGGGCGGAAAGUUCCCACCGUCGACUCUCCUCCCGCUCCCUCACCCUCCACUCCGCCUACGUCGCCGCUAGACUCAGCCCGCGCAUACAUCUGCAAUGUGGAAGGGUGCGCGAAGUGCUUCAGCAGGAGAGAGCAUCUCAAGCGACAUGUCCUGUCUAUUCACACACACGAAAAACCUUUCAAGUGCCCCUUUCCAUCGUGCGAGAAGUUUUUCAGUCGGCGCGACAACUUGAUACAACACGGCAAGGUACACGGCGAGUCGCCUACUCUGAAAAACAACUCGUCGAAGAGGAAGGCCUCAUCUUCUGGUCGAAAAGCUCGCUAG